CGCCCCGCGCCGGCCGUUGUGGGGGCGAGGGCCCGGGGAGAAGGCGGGACGAUGGAGAAGCGGGGCAAAAGCGUGUCCACCGUUUUGGGGGCGGCCUCCUCCGGCUCGGCCCCCGCGCCCGGCGGGAGGAAGGAGAGGAGGCUGAGCAUGUUUGAGAAGGAGGCAUACACACACAUAUUAAAGGAGAGGUUGAGAGACUCGAUUCACGACGUUCACUCCGUGGAACCCCCGUUCGAUGAAUCGCUCACAGAUUUAGGUAAAGUAGAAUUAGGCUCAUGGAAGAGUACGUUGUCCAAGGUUAAAUAUGCUAACACCUACAGAUUGGAGCCGUACAAGAAAUUUCAAACUUGGGCAAUAAAAAUGAAAGUCCAACAGAUGCUGAAGGACAGACUUAAAGAAAUCACCUAUGAUGAAAAGAUUUGUUCUUCAAUUUCAAUUCAGCUGGCAGAUGAAAUUUUAGCAACAGUCAAAGAAUUUGAGUUUAAUCGCUAUAAAUACAUAAUACAAGUAUUCUUCAUUCAAAAGACCGGUCAGGCAGUAAAUAUUGCUAGCAGGUGGAUCUGGGAUGUUACCUGGGAUAACUGGCUCUCAGCUAAAUACGAAACUGAAACUUAUGUUGCAUUGGCCCUAGUAUUUGCUCUUUAUUUUGAAUAAUUCAAGUGACUUAUUGCUAAAUGGAUUUUUGAAAUUUUCAGUAUACUUGAAAAAUUAAUAUUUUGGAGCAUCAUAAAUAUGAUUAUAAAUAUCUUAGACUUAAUA